GCUCAUGUAUUAAUGUCUAAUUUUGCAGGAUUUUUAUAUUAAUUUAGUUAUGGUAUUUCUAUAGCAUCUACUACAUUUGUGGGAAAUGAAAUGGGAAGAAAGAAAGUGGAUAUGGCUAAAAAAUACACAAAAGCUACAUUUUUGAUUGAUGGAAUGUUUUUAUUAAUAAUUUUAGGAUUAUUCUCAAUAUUUGGAAAAACUGUAAUUGAUUAUUUAAGUGAAGAUAAAAUUGUUGUAGAGUAAAUUUAUAAUUCUAUGUAUCUAUUAGUUGCAUUCAUUAUUUUAGAUGGUAAUAUGAAUUAUAUUAAUAAAAGGUUUAUAAGCUAUAAUUUCAGGAUUAGUAAGAGCUAUAGGAAGAGAAGCAAGUGCUUCUAUUACAUUUAUUUUAUGUUAUUUAGUGAUGGGAGAAAUAAUUGGAUAUUUAUUAUGUUAUACUGCUGAGAUUGGACUAAAAGGAGUGUGGAUUGGAAUUGUAAUAGGAGCUAUAGCAUAUGAUAUAAUACAACUUGUGAAUUUAUUAUGGAAAGAUUGGAAUGUUUUAGCUGAGAAUAUUGUUGAUAAAUUAAUGAUGUUGCAUUAAUAAUAGAAUGUAAUACUUUAGGAUGAUGACAUAUGA